AUGUUCGACGGCUUAUUUAUGCUGCUCAUUUUGAGCGUGAUUAUGUGUUUGAGUUGUUUUCUUGCUGGAGCAGUGCCAUUGUCCAUGACCUUAUCACCAUCACAGCUUCGAUUAAUAUCUACAAUUGGUAUGGGAGUACUUGUCGGUACUUCAUUGGUUGUUAUUAUACCUGAAGGAAUCGAAGCAGUGUAUACCGCAGGACAUUCAGCACAUACUCGUGGGGCGAGAAGUGUAUCAAUUCAAGAGAGAAACUCUGGACUUUCAUGGGUUGGUGGACUCAAUACGAUCGCAUACUCGAACGAAGCGAAUAUCAAUCGAAGACAUGCCAAACCGGGUGCAAGGACUUCACAACCUUUUGAAGUUGAGAUUCUUACCAGAGAGACUUUGCCAGAGGAAAAAGAGGACAACUCCCCAGAGAAGUUAGAGGAGAAACCAGGGAGCGAAAACGAAGAAUAUCGGGAUGAGGACGAAUCACCUACAUUUUGGAUUGGUCUAUCCCUCAUCUUGGGAUUUAUUCUCAUGUUUUUAAUUGACAAACUCCCAAGACAUGCCUCUGAGAAAUUACAGGCCCCAGUUGCGCCGAGACAAAUUUCCCUCAACAAUCUAUCUCAGAACAUUUCUUCAUCUGAUGAAGAAUCAGACGGGUUUUUUCAAUCACUCACACCAAGCCCCAAGCAAAGUCGCAGUCUGGCUACAACGACAGGGCUUGUGAUACAUGCAUCGGCGGAUGGAAUAGCCAUGGGAGCCUCCGCAUCUACAUCCAACACAAAGUUAGGAUUUAUCAUUUUCAUAGCGAUUAUGGUACACAAAGCACCCGCAGCAUUCGGGCUUACUUCUGUCCUACUGAAACAAGGGCUUUCCAAACGAGCAGCACGUGGCCACCUUGUAGUUUUCAGUCUCGCAGCACCAUUUGGAGCUAUCACCACUUUCCUAUUGGUAAAUAUCCUAGGUGGAGGAAAUAUAGAAGGAGUAAGAGGGCAAUGGUGGACUGGAAUGUUAUUGUUAUUUUCUGGUGGAACCUUUUUAUACGUCGCGAUGCAUGCCAUGCAAGAAGAUUCAGGGGUGCAUAGUCAUGAACAUACAAAUUCUAAUGGGUACCUCGAGGGAGGUCUUUCACAGCGCAAACAAGCGAAGCCGCAAAUGCGAGAUACGCUGGCGGCAGUUGGGGGAAUGUUAAUUCCUCUAUUGACACAGUUUGGACAUGAUCAUUGA